CCAACCACUUCCGGUCCGGCUGCAAAGUUUUUCCGCCACCGACCGGAUUUGUUUGAAUGUGGCGUCCGUGCGUGGUUGCGCUUAAAUUAAUAAGACCUUUAACAUCUUCAGUAGCUACACGCAAGCCACACUUUAUACGGCGGCCACACACCCAGGCUAACUGCGUUUGUUUAGUCCCUAUACACUUUUCUCUGCACACGGAACCGCGACACAUGUCAAGCGAAGCUAAGAAAAUCCGCACCGAAAACAACAUGACUGUUAAAAAGAUCGGAACUCACAACGGGACCUUCCACUGCGACGAGGUUCUGGCCUGUUUCCUCCUCCGACAGCUCCCCGAGUAUGCGGAUGCUGAGAUCAUUCGGACCAGGGACCCGGCACGGCUGGCAGAAUGCGAUGUUGUUGUAGAUGUGGGAGGAGAGUUUGACCCAAAGAGGCAUCGCUAUGAUCAUCAUCAGAGGAGUUUCACAGAGACCUUCCACAGCCUGUGUCCAGAGAAGCGGUGGGUGACCAAGCUCAGCUCUGCCGGCCUGGUCUACCUCCACUUUGGCCGGCGGCUGCUGGCUCAGCUGACGCAACUCAAAGAGGAUGACAAGCAGCUGGAGGCGCUGUAUGACAAGGUGUACGAGAACUUCGUGGAGGCGGUGGACGCUGUAGACAACGGCAUCUCGCAGUACGACGGGGAGGCCCGUUACACUGUCUCCUCCACGCUGAGCUCACGUGUCGGCUUCCUGAAUCCACGCUGGAACAGCAAGAGUCAGGAUACUGAGGAGAGUUUCAAGAAGGCCCUGAAGAUGGUUGGGGAGGAGUUCCUGGAACAAGUGGAUUUCUACAGGUCAGCCUGGUUGCCGGCUCGUGAGCUCGUGGAGGAAGCCAUUAAAAACAGACAUCAGGUAGACCCCAGUGGAGAGGUGUUGGUGUUCACCGUGGGUGGGUGUCCCUGGAAAGAGCAUUUGUUUGCCCUGGAGAAGGAGCUCCAGGUAGAGACACCCAUCAAGUUUAUCCUCUACCCAGACCAGGAAAAAAAAUGGAGGAUUCAGUGUGUCCCUGCUGGGCUCAACACCUUCCAGAACAGGCUGUCCCUGCCAGAAGAGUGGCGUGGUGUACGCGAUGAAGCGCUGUCGGAGCUCAGCGGGAUCAAGGGCUGCAUCUUUGUCCAUGCCGGAGGCUUUAUUGGCGGGAACAAGACCCAGGAAGGAGUCCUGGAGAUGGCCCGGAGGACCCUGCAGGCCGCCGCCCAGUCCCCUGCAAACGGAAGCAGCUGACCAGUUAGAUAGGACAGCAAACAGCACAUUUUGUUACGUGGCCCCAGAGAAUAACGAGGAUUAUAAUGUUCCUUAAGCAUUUUGUGUUGUACAUCCGAGCCGCCGCAAAUGUUGUUUUGUACUGCAGAAUGGAGAUGGGCUGGAAAUGGCAACCAGAUAAAAUCGGACCAAUUCGUAAAUGCAAACAUUUCAGCACAUUCUCCCCCACAGUUACAUUAUUAACUCAUAGUAUUCUGCUCUCUACCUGUUCUCAUAAAUGUAAGUAAACAUUUCAGCGUCAACUGUUUUGUUAAACGCAUCAUUAAACUGACUUCCAUUCGUA